GAGAACGUGCGCCAUGCAGUGUUUGACUUCGGGGCUCAUCGAGUGGGACAUGGCUAUGCCAUGACCCGGGAUGCACCCGGACUGGCAGAGAUCGUUCGGGAAGGUGCACAUUUCGAAGUUUGCCCGACCUCCUCGCUCGAAACUGGGGCGUGGAGUUUCUCAGAGGCUGCACCACCAUGGCCACAGCAUCCGCUGGCCGCAAUGCUGGCAGCUGGGGCGAAGGUCUCCAUCAACUCGGAUGAUCCGACAGUGUUUGACACCUCGCUGACGGCAGAGCUGUUGCUUUGCCUUCGAGAGAUGAAGCUCACCCGUGAGCAGGUGGUUCAACUUACUCUCUCAGCAGUGGAUGCCGCCUUUGGGGACGACGAAGAGCUCACACGCAUUCGCCGGCGAAUCGAGCACUUCGCUACAAACGGCAGGGCCUAG